GCUAAAAUCAGUUGACAUCAAGCGGUCCUGGCUGUUCCGCAAUUCAGAGUGCUGGUUUCGUCACACGCCGACAUGAACUUCAAACAUGGUCUUGGCAUUGAGCCCGCACAUGCCACUGACGUCCGCCCUCUGAGCCUCUGAGCGCUCCAGCCGCCGCAACAGGCAACGCGUUCGCCCGCACUACUGCGCCCUGCAAACACAAUCAGCACGGCUGAGCGCUGUCGGGGCGCCAAUUCCUGACCGCCUCCUCCAAGGCAGCGAGGGAUCCUCCAAGGCAGCGAGGGAAAAGGGGAAGGAGGGUCUGAGCAACACCACCUGUCAUCUCAGUAACCCAAGCCCGAACUUUCGCAGCGUCCCCGACUCCAGCGCUUGACUUGCUCGAUCCUAUUCCAUCUUGGGCUUUUCUUUUUUUUCGACAACGGACGGGUCCCGCACCCCGCAAGAUGUGCAGGUUUUUGGUUUACAAAGGAAGCGACGAGAUCCUCCUCUCCAAGCUGAUCCUCGAGCCCACGCAUUCCAUCCUAAAGCAGUCCUUCGAUGCGCGGUUGCGACUCGACACCCGUAGGGGCCAAAACAACGCCGAUGGCUUCGGAAUAGGCUUCUACACGUCUCCAAAGCUCGGCGCCGCGCCCUGCCUCUUCACCUCGACCAUACCCGCCUGGAACUCGCCGAACUUGACCCGACUCGCCAGCAAGACGGCCUCGCGCCUCAUAUUCGCGCACGUGCGAGCCACGACCGAGGGCUCCCUCUCUGAAGACAACUGCCACCCCUUCUGCCAUGGCAGUCUGAUGUGGAUGCACAACGGCGGGCUCGGCGGCUGGAAGUACAUCAAGCGCCGGCUCGGCGAGCGUCUCGCUGACCGUUGGUACCUCGGCGUCGUCGGCGGCACCGACAGCGAGUGGGCCUUUGCGCUCUUCCUCGACACCCUCGAGCGCAUGGGCUACGACCCCGGCUCCCAGCCCGAGAAGGGAUUCGGCCCCACGGUUCUACGGAAGGCAAUGCUGAAGACGAUCGAGCUGAUCAACGAGCUAAUCGACGCCAUCCCCGAGAGCGUCAUACACGCCGAGAACGUCGACACCCGCAGCUUGCUCAACUUUGCCAUCACUGACGGCCACAGCAUCAUCUGCACACGAUACGUCAGCAGUUCAACCGACCAGGCCGCCAGCCUGUACUACUCGUCUGGGAGUCAGUGGGAAAAUCGGCCAUCUCCUGGAGAUGACCGAAAUUUUCAGAUGGAGCGUCGUGACAAGGGCGCCGACGUUGUUUUGGUGGCCAGCGAGCCUCUGACGUUUGAGAGAGAAAACUGGGUAAACGUUCCGACGAACUCCGUUCUCACCAUACAUGGACAGACCGUCAUGGUCCAUCCCAUCAACGAUCAGUAUUCCAACCGGAGCCCGGGUCAAGCCCGAUCGGCUGCCUUUGUGCAAACCAAGGGCCUCUCGUCCAACGAGAAGCACGCUCUUCUGCCUAGGCUAGAGGAUGCGGUGACGGUAACUUCGCCGAGCGAGCCCGAGGGACCCAAGAGGUCUCUUGCCCCACCCUUCAAUAUUCUGCGGUCCCGGACCCCGGAGGUGAGCGCGGCUACGAUAGCACGGGCUAGGAUCCCGCUUUCGACGUUCACCGACAGCUCCAGUCGCUCCUCUACUGCUCCCAACUCGCUUGUGGUGACACGCCACGCGACGCCCAACCCUCCAGCGCAGCGGAACAUCAAGAAGAAGCGCAUGUCACUGAACGAGCUCGAGCAGAGCCUCGGCAACGGCGGCCAUGGUGGCAACGUCGAAACCCCUGAGCCCGAAUCAGAGCCCAACACACCACCAGAGCCACUCCCGCGCAACAACUUUGGCGAUCCCAAGAAGAUCUCACAGUUCUUUCCGGAACUUACGCUCUCCUAACGCGAGGGUUUCUAUCGCUUUCUGCAUAGGAUAUCUGGCUGCCGUCAACUUUGAUCUCACGCUGAUCUCACGCUCUCCUACCAUAGCUCCUUCACCACGCUAGUUAGUCUGACGUCGUGGCGACAUUGUCUCUUUUUCCUUGGUCUUGGAGUUUUGGUAGCUGGCGUAUGGCUCAGCUGAUAGAUUAUCCCGUUAUUCUCCAUCAUAAUCGUUGCUGCUUGCUAGAUCUUUCAUGUCCCCGUGAUAAUCACACUCACUUCAUUGUGAUCCGAGGUAUUAAGAGUGAAUGGGCAGCUUGCUAGACGUCUGGAACGGCCAUAAAAUUGGACGACAAUCUGAUUCACAUAUCCUUUCAGCCGCAUACGCGUUCUCUCGCCUAUUUUUAAAAUCUCUUGCGACCGCCACUGAUUCAUACCG